AUGGAAUCAAGCGAUUCCGGAAAGUGGAAAGAAGCGUGUGACUCGAAGUUCGACUCGCUUCAGAGAAACGACACGUGGGAAAUCGUGCCUCUUCCGAAAGGUCGCAAGGCCAUCGGGUGCCGAUGGGUGUUUCGUGUCAAGGAGAAUCAAGAUGGCGAAGUUGAACGUUUCAAGGCAAGACUUGUGGCCAAAGGAUUCUCACAGGAAUUUGGAAUUGACUAUGAAGAAGCUUUCGCACCAGUGGCCAAGUUCACAUCGAUUCGUGUGGUGCUCAGCGUGGCGGCCAUGUACGGCCUAAUGCUACAUCAGAUGGACGUCAAGACAACGUUUCUUAACGGCUCCCUCGACGAAGACAUUAACAUGGACCAACCGGCAGGAUACCUGGAUGCAACACAGCCGGACUAUGUGUGCAAGCUAAAGAGAUCACUCUACGGCUUGAAGCAAUCGCCACGCAUGUGGAACCAAACGAUCGAUGGGUUCAUGAUCAAGAUGGGAUUCAAGACGUGCGAAUCGGACCACUGCAUCUACAUCAAGCGAGACGACCAAGACAUGAUUCUCGUGGUGCUCUACGUCGAGGAUCUCAUCCUGGCCAGCAGCAACAACGAACUAUGCAAGUCGACCAAGAUGGCGCUGAGCACACGCUUCGAAAUGACGGAUCUCGGUGAGCUCAAUUACUUUCUCGGCAUGGAGAUCAAGAGCGACCGUAAGACUGUAAUAGUGACUGUGCGACAAAUCAAGUUUCUCAAGUCCGUGUUGACCGAGUUCGGAACGGAUAACAGCAAGCCAGUGAAGACGCCUCAAGAUCCCGGUCUGAAGCUCAUUAAGAACAUGUGUGACCAAAAAUGCAACCACGAAGACACCAUGUGCAACGUGCCAUAUCGAAGUGCUGUCGGAGGCAUCAUGUAUCUCAUGGUCGCCACACGUCCGGAUCUAGCUGCUGCAGUAAGAUCAGUAUCACAGUUCUCGUCCGACCCAUGCCCGACUCACUGGCAAGCUUUAAAGCGUGUGCUGAUAUACCUGCAAGCAACGCCUAAUCACGGUCUUGAGUUCACACGUGAAGAAGGAAGCCGUUUCUGUGGGUACACCGACGCAGACUGGGCCGGUGACAUUGAGUCUAGACGAAGUGCAAGCGGCUAUGUGUUCAUGAUGAACGGAGGAUGCAUCAGCUUGAAAAGCCAGAAACAACGGACGGUCGCGCUAUCUUCAACGGAAGCAGAAUACAUGGCGCUUUCCGAAGCAACCAAAGAAGCAGUAUGGCUCAAGGUGUUUUUGGGGGAACUUGGUGAGAUGGCAAGCGACGAAGCGAUAUAG